AUGGCGUCUUCUUCUCGGAGCUGGAGAUACAACGUCUUCCCGAGCUUCCACGGACCAGAUGUUCGUGUAACAUUUAUGAGUCAUUUAAAAAAGCAGUUUCAACACAACGGGAUCAUAGCGUUCAACGAUGAAGGGAUUGAGAGAAGCAAACUGAUCGGUACUGAACUCAUACGGGCGAUAAGAGAGUCAAGAAUCUCAAUCGUGGUGCUCUCGAAGAACUAUGGUUCUUCAAGUUCGUGUUUGAAUGAGCUGGUGGAGAUUUUCAAGUGUCAAGAAUCUGCGGGACAAAUAGUGAUGACGGUUUUCUACAAAGUGGAUCCAUGUGAUGUGAGGAAACAGAUGGCAGAGUUUGGUAAGACUUUCAAGGAAACUUGCGAAGGGAAAACAGAGACCCAGCCCCUCACAAAUCUCAAGAAGAUGGAUUUGGCAAUGUCCUGUCAUUUAAAAGCUAGGUUGCACGGGUACUCCAAGUUGGUGCCGUCUCACGUAUCGGGUUCGUCGGGGGGACGGGGACGUCUCGGGUACGCCUAG